GAUUUUUUUGGGGGGAUCCGGUGGGUGACAUCGGUCUUUUCCUGCGAGCGUGAGGGGAACUAGAACGAAUCAGCCGCUAGGCGUCUGCGGGCUAGUGGCUGUGGCGCACCCACGUGUUCUCUUCCAUCCAGCGGCUGCGGCGCCCGCCUUGACCCCAACCUCCGCCCCCAGGCUCGACUGGCAGCACUCGCCCCCCCAGCCAGGUACUGGGGUCGGACGCGAGAGCUCGUGCCUAAGUAAGAGAUCAAACCUAACUGGAGACAUUCAAGCAAAAGUUGGAUAACUACUUUUCCAGAACAUAACGGAAACACAUGCAUCAGAAAAGGGAUAAUGAGAUGUAAGGGGAAUACUCUGCAUUGUUCAGGAACUAUUUUCUGGCGUAAUGCUCAGAGUGGCCCUAGCAGUGCUCAUGGGACCAUAUGUGGUGUCAGGGAUUCAAGCCAGGAUCGUACCACCACAGGCACAUGCAAGAUAAGUGACAAUAUACAUACCAAAAGAAUAUGGCUGCACAAAUACCAGAAUCUGAUCAGAUAAAACAGUUUAAGGAAUUCCUUGGAACAUAUAAUAAACUUACAGAAACAUGUUUUUUGGACUGUGUUAAAGACUUCACAACAAGAGAAGUAAAACCUGAAGAGACUACUUGUUCAGAACAUUGCUUACAGAAAUAUUUAAAAAUGACACAAAGAAUAUCCAUGAGGUUUCAGGAAUACCAUAUUCAGCAGAAUGAAGCCUUGGCAGCCAAAGCAGGACUCCUUGGCCAGCCACGAUAGAGAAGUCCUGGUCAAUGGACUAUCACUGAAAGAUUGCCAACAGCUAUGGCACUGCAAAUGAGGAUUCACCUGACAGAAUCCCCUGAAAGCAGUAGCCACUAUGUUAAACCGUCUGUCAUGACUGUUUGGCACCUGGGUACCACUGGAGAAACAAAAUUACCAUCUGCCAGGGAUAAUCAGAAGGUCUUAUAUGUUCAUUGAAAAUAAUAAGAUGCAACAUUUGUUGAGGCCUUACAACAAGUUCAGCCGCUUGGUCACUUGAUUCAAAAAAAUAAACCAUUGUUUCGUCAGUUGUGACUGUUAAUUUUAAAGCAAAAUAUGUGUUCAAUCAUGUAUAAGAUAAGAAAAAAAUUUUAUUACUGAAAGUAAAAUAAAUGAAAAUAUCACCAAGCAGUUGUUUAUACUAUAGUAUAGUAUUCUGACUGGACUCUGGGUACGUUGAAAUGUUUUUCAAUCAGGAUCAUCCUCGUGUUCCUGUUCAUUCAUGUCUGCCUCAAAUUGCUGGUAAAUACAUAAAAUAGUUACUUGCUAAUCAUUCCAACCAAUGCACGAUCUUUUUCUUACCUGCCUUGUUGUUAAGGGUGGGCAUUACACUUUGUUACCUAUAUUUCCAUCUACCUUCAGGAAACAGCCGGUCUGAGACUAGCUAGGAGUGUUUAAGAGUUGACUGUUAACGCUUCAGUAGUGUUAUUGUUUUGUGUUUUCAAAAUCCAACAUGGAUAAUUCCAAGUCAGAACAACAAUAUACAUUGUAUUCUCAACCACUACAUGUCAUUGGUGUGAUAAAAAGUGAACCAAAGCUAAAGUAAUAUGACUUAAUGAAUCCUAAAAUCCAAAAGGUUGGGUAAAUAAAAAUGGGUUAAUACCUGUUAAUGACCUGUAAAUGAAUUUCAUUUCAUAGCACUUUAAACUUAAAUAUUCAAAAACACUAAAAUUACUAUGGUUAAGCCUACCAAGUGACUUCUAUAUUUUGUCAUUAUUGGGAAGUAGAAAUUAGUUCUGCUUUGAUAAUUUACUGUUUGCUAUAUUAUUAAGUCAUUCGGUCAUUUAACACUUAAAGGCCUUCACUAGGUCUUAAAGGCCUAGUAAUGUUUUUCGAAGUAUGAAGAGAAAAUAUACACAGUAUUUUUUAUGUUGACAUCUGUUUUUGAGGGGGGAAGCCAUACUUGGCUGUGUUUAGGGUCUGUUUCCAGCUUGGGGUUCGUGUAUACAGUGCAUGCAUUCCGGUUCUUUGAGCUAUAUCCCAUCCCCUAAACAUAUGAUUCUAUACAAAAUACAACUUAGUGAAAGAACUAUGGAAAAAAUAGGCAUACUUUAACUUAAAAACAACCACUAAUUGAGAGACUAAAACGUACUGCUGCCUCUCUUUGGAAUAUAUGUUAACAGGAGAAGCUGAAAUUUUGACACAUCCAAAAUUUGGGGAAAUUCACACAUGUAGUUUGCUAUUUCUAUGUGAUAAAGCCCAACCUGUUUUAUGUGCUGUGCUCAUUUUAGAAAGACAAAUAAAUGCUUACCUGGCAAAUAAGGGGAA